GGAAUCAAAGCCUUAGUUUUGCACUCCGCACGAUGGGUUCAGACAAGACAGAGGAGGACUACGAAGUCCUCCACCAAAUCGUAAGCAUCAGCUCUGUGAAUUUCACCAGGAAAUCCAUUUCCGGGUUUACGGAGCUGACGAUUAGACCGCUGAGCGAUAUUAUAACCUUCGUCUCACUGAACACUCAGCAAACCAGGAUCUACAACGUCACAGUGGAUGAUAUACAAGAUGUUAAGUUCACUCAUGAUGACCCCUUCCAUCAGAUCUGUGGGGAUCCCUCAAAGCGUAAACUUGACUAUUUCCUCACCAAGUACCAAGGAGCUAUCCUGAAGAAUGAUUACGAUUUCAAGAAUCAGGGAGAAUUGAAAAUAGACGUCCCGAAGGAAAUUCAGACUAAGCUAGCGUCCCCCAACACGUCGAGGGCUAAUGUGAAGGUUCGAGUAGAGUUCUCUAUUGAGGAUCCUAUUUGUGGGAUACACUUCCAUAUUCCUGAUGGGCCAGACGGAAUAAAGAAAGCCCACCUGUACACAUCUCAGUUCGCCAACUCAGCCCGCUACUGUUUCCCCUGCAUAGACUCAGCUUCAGCACGCUGUCACUGGCAACUGGAAUUCAGUGUAAACGCCGAACUUACUGUCGUCUCCUCCGGAGAGUUAAAAGAGUACAGUUUGUCCUCUGACGAGAAACACAAGAGCUAUGUCUUCAAUCUAGCUAUCCCCACUGCGGCCACCGGUAUAGGUUUUGCGAUAGGGAACUUUGAGGUUGUAGCUGAGCCGACUAAGAACAAUGUUGCGUAUUUCUGCCCGAAAGGGAUGGUACCGUUAUUACAGCACACUACAGAGUUCCUACAGAGAGUGUACCCUAUAUACGUGGACUACAUGAACAUGUCCCUCCCCUUCGGAGACUACAAGAUAGUGUUUGUAGAUGAGCUGUUAAGUGAUUAUCAGAGCUACGCUUCUCUCACCACUGCUAGUAUAAACCUCCUCCACUCUGCCAGGAUCAUAGACCAGACUCUCCACACUCGCCGGGCACUUGGCAUGGCCAUCGCUAGUCAGUAUUUCGGAGUGUUCAUAGUCCCGGAAUCGUACAAUGACACGUGGCUAGUAGUAGGGAUAAAGAACAUUCUGUUCUUGCUGUUCAUGAACAAGAUAUUCGGUAACAACGAAUGCAGGUUCUGGGUGUACCAGCAGAUGAUGAAAGUUUACAACUUCGAAUGCGAUCAGCUUCUCCCCCCACUCCACCUCAAAGACAAGUCCCAAAGUUACCCUCUGACCUCUGGUAACAACUCCCAGAUAUUUCACAUGGACCCCAUGCUGACCCCACCCCACAUCCUGGAACUAAUGGAGCUGAAGAGCAUGUUGGUUAUGAGGAUUGUGGAGAACAGGCUUGGUAACAAGGAACUCAUCCAGAAUGUCAUCAAGAAACUCCUCUCUCUGGCCUGGAUAAACCCAUCGGGAGAAAGCAGCAGUAUAAACGCUCUACUCUCCACCCAGGACUUCCUGAAAACCAUUCAGGUUGUAUCUGGGAAGGAUCUGUCAGAUUUCAUGUCCCGGUACGUUUACCAGCCUGGUUUCACCACCAUCAACUUCAGUUUCGCGUUCAACAGGAAGAGGAACGUGGCGGACGUGACGAUAAAACAAAAGACGCUGCAUGAUUGUGAGAAGUAUGUGGGUCAACUGACGGUGCUGGUGCAGGAACUGGAUGGCAGCUUCUCUAAUCUUCUCCAGGUUGAAAAGAAUGAUGUUUUGCAAGAACUGAACUGUCAGAGUAAGAGCAGAAGAAACAAAAAGAAGAAAAUCCCCCUAUUUACUGGAGAGGAGGUAGACAUAGACCUGUCCCACAGUGACCAGGACAGCCCUGUAAUCUGGCUCCGAGUAGACCCUGACAUGUUGUGGCUCAGUAAGACCUCUAUUGAGAUGCCGGACUACAUGUGGCAGGCUAUGUUGUUGCAUGAGAGGGAUGUAGUUUACCAGCACAUGGCUGCAGAGGUGCUACCGAAUUUCCCCUCCCAAGGCACCAUCACCACCCUCAGCACUGUACUUCUUGAUGAGAAGUGCUACUACCAGGUGCGGAUACAAGCCCUAAAGUCCCUGGCAACCUGUAUAUCAAUCUCAGGGGACCCCACUGUUAACGAGGAGGUCCUGAUCAGUCUCUACCGGAAGUUAUACGGAAGUGUUGAUAACGAGAAGUUCACGAGAAUGAACGACUUCAGCGAUUUCCCGCUUUAUUUUAUACAGCAAGAGUUCAUGAGAGCGAUAGGUCAGAUAAAAGUAGCUGGGAGUACAACUCCAAGAAUCGUCCAAUUCCUCUACCAGCAGCUUUACUACAACGACAACCAGCGGAACGAAUUCGAUGACAGCUGGAUGAUAGUAGCUAUAAUAGAUGGGCUAACUCACACUGUGCCCCACAAAGUAGACUACAAAAUGGAGAUAAAUCUGAAACAUGUUAAGCAAGUCCUCCCUAAAAUAGUGUGUUAUCUGAAUAUAGAUAAGAAGAUGCCCAGUUACCAGCAGAUUAUAUCAGGGGCUUGUUUACGGUUCAUUUCAAAGCUUAUUCAGUACGGGCACAUCAUGGACAAUCUGAAGGAUAGCUCGAUAUUUAGCGCGCAUCUGAAGCGGGGUCAGUCGUUCCACGUGCGCUGCACGGCAAUACAACUUCUCGCACUGUUCAUAAAAAACGAGAGCUCGGAGCGGGAUCUGAACACUAUUUUGUCUCUGAUAGAGUUCGAUCAGUCUCCCUUUAUCCGGUGCCACGCAGUACAGGAGCUCUACAAACUACCACUAUUCACAAAACACCAGGACUGUUUCCUCAACAACCUCCACUUAGUCGAGCGACUGUGGAGACUGCUGAAUGAGCACCAGGACUUUAACUUGAGGUGUUGUCUAGCACAGCUAUACUACACGUUAUACGGCAGGACCACGCCCACGUGCGUGCCUACUAAUAACUGCGCUGUUGUGAUAGACCUUAAGGGGCAGACAGCCAGGACUAAUGUACCGGGUAUUCCGUCCAGUUUCAGGUUCAGCGCUAAGUUUGAUGAUGAUCGGAAGUAUAGUUCGGAUGAUAGUACUUCGAGUAGGAAGAAGAAGAAACACAGGCCCAUGUCUUGAGUUGUCCUGUGAUUGGGGAUUGUAAUAGAGAAAACAACCGCCGGAGCAAAGUUCCAAUAUCAUGACGAGUUGCAAAUGCAACCCGCCGCGUUAUUAAAAUACAAAUUUUUACCUUUAUUUUAUCAGUAUCUCAAUGUGGGAUUAUUUUCAUUUCUUUUUAAUUGAUUUAUAUAUGAAUUUUAAGAUUUUUGAAUAUGUAGUAAUUAUUUGUGUUGAUGUAUGAAACCAUAUGACGAACUCAAACGA